AUGUCUACUGCCAACACCAGCACCUUCAUCCCAGCACAAUUGACUGACAACAUCCAGCCAGUCAUCACCACUGAAAAUGCCAAGUGGAUGGUCAAGGAGGCUGCCAGGGUUACAAUGCAGGCACUGAGAGGACUUUGGGGCCAGGACACUAAGCACUGGGGCAAAGCAGCUCAGCUUGGAAUGGUCCACAUGGCUGUUGAACAUCUACCCCCAGCAUUCGAGAUCCCUCUGCAUCUUAUUGCUAUCAAUAUGCACAUGGUAAUGGAGGAGCUUACCAGGCCUUCAUCAAGGGCCAAGCACCAGGCACAGCCAGUGGAUAAGGGGAAGGGGAAAGAGUUGGGUACAGAUGCAACAGACCCACCCAUCACUCCAGCCCCAACUACUACAACUGGUGCUGAUGAUCCAUGCCUUUGUGACAAGUAUUGGGAAGAGGUUACCAUCCUCAAGCAGGAGAAUGCUGACAUGAGGUGGGAGAUAGAAGUAACCUGUACUGAGCUUGCUGCUUUCCAUUGGGUGGUAGAUGCUAUCCAUAAUCACCUAUUCCAAGCCCCAGACAUGCUUAACCAUCCUCUGGUCCCAUUUCAUGCUACUUCCAACCCUACACUGGUACCUCACAUGCCAGUCAUGGUGGAACUUGGCACUGCAACUGGUGUUGUAGAGGUUCAAUCAUCCCAAAGCAGCUCAAGACAGGAGUCCACUGAACCCCCCCUGGCUUCAUUCAAGGGAGGUGCCAGCUUGGAAGUACCUCCUUCAAAUGUCGAAGCUGUGCAUGGACCUGCUGGAGGUCUGGCAAUCUCUAUUACUCCACCACCACCAGCAGUCAGAUCAGUGCCCAGACAGGAAGAUACUGGAAAACCAAUCUGGUAUGGUGAUGUCUGUACCAAGGCUGUGGUGUUACAAGCACUAAGGGCCAAUGGAGUCAUGGUUCACCUAGAUGAUUGA